AUGUGUUCAAAUUGGGUCCGAGACCAAGCUGCUCUUGUUGUUCUUGGUAUAGUUAAAUUCAAUAAGGACGUUUUUGUGGGAUUGGUGCUGAUGGGUCCGAUUGUUAGAGCUUUAAUUCAAAUGGGUUCAUCUGGUUCGAUUCAAGUCCUUACUGGACUAGUCAAAAUUAUCAGAACCCCUUUAGUUGAGGACAUCAAGGGAGAAAUCCCAAGAAAUAUAAGCCUCUUGGGCUCUGAAGACUUGCCAACCAGAGUGGCGGCCAUUAGUUGCAUCCUUGACAUUGCGUUUUUAGGCAGAGAGGAAGUAGCUUAUGGAGAGGACCCCAUGAAGAAGCUUAUGGAUGUGUAG